CCAGGAGAGGUAAAGAAAUGCAGCGUAAACAUUUAGAUGUACAAUUUGUCAAUAAACGGAAAGGUUUUAACUGUCCGUUACUCAUAUGUUUGGUUUGAGGCUAUUUGGUGCCUGCCUCAUUUUUUUCUACACCUUUUAAACAUCUGGAACCAUUUUGAAAUAUUAUGAAGCCAGCCCUGUGAAGAUUAUGGAAACCAAUAACACAUAUUUGAUAUUGAAACGCUAGACGAAGCGCACCAAUUGAUUUUCUCCCGAACUAUGUACAACGGAAUAGGGCUCCCGACCCCUCGUGGGAGUGGGACCAAUGGAUAUGUACAAAAGAAUUUGGCUUUCAUUAAUAACUUCAAGGAACAAAAUCCGUACAAGACCGAUGAUGAGAUCAAAAGGGCAGAUGCAGUGCUUUUCAAGGAACCAAAUAAAGAGAUAUUAGAGCAUGAACGGAAACGAAAAAUCGAAGUCAAAUGUUUCGAAAUGGAACAAGAAAUGGAGGAACAAGGGUAAGUCGUUUCUUUCUAGCGUUUUCUUUAGCUAUACACCAGGGGAAAUAGAAUUCCGAGUCAGUGGAUUCCGUAAGAAAUUACUUGACGAGCUGAAAGCAACAUCUCAGGGCAGGAAAAUUCCCAGUGUCGAACCCUUUCAAAUUUCGCAAUCGCAAGAUGGGAAAUUGCUACCAAAAGGAACCCACGAAACAGCUGCCGUAACUAUCCUGAAGAAUACUGUCUUUAAGGAAGCCCUUGGUAUCGGUGGACAGUUUCAAGAUGGAAAUUCUGUAGAACUGGCAGCACAAAGGAAAAAGGACGACGGAGAAACAAAACGUCUGAUAGACGUUCAAAAGGAGUUAAAAACUCUGGAUAGUUCAGAGGAAGAGACAAGUGAUACAGAAGAUGGAGGAUCUAAGUAUACAAAGAAAAAGAAGACUAAGAAAAGAAAGCAUCCUCCAAGCGAGUCCGGGGAAUUUGUUUUCUCUUCAGAUGAAAUUGGGAAUCAUACAAACAAAUCCACUAAUAAACAGCAUAAAUCAAGUAAAAAACCACAUUCUAAGAAACACAAGUGUUCUCAUUCAAAAGAAAAAAAACGUCAUCAUUGAUGAACUGGUCUUUUUCUCUCACUAACCAAGAACCCUUGUACAUAAUUCACCGUUUUUUAUUACUCCUGUUAUAUAAGUUGGCUUAACCUCUUACACUGUAACUUAUUUUGCUUUUAAAUAAAAUUGUAAAACCUGAUAAAAUUUAUGUAUUAUAUCACUGUUUGAAUUUUUCGCGCUGUCUGUAAAUGACAGUUGUACACGUCUUUUCACUGGUAUUAUGAUAAUCCAGUAGCAAUUAGUAUUUUAUUUGAUAUGUGACAUGAACUAACCCGGUCAUUAAUUUGUCUGGUGCAUACAACUUGUAUCCUAAUGUUGUCGAAACUUUCCAUUGUCAUUCAGUUAACACGUACCAAAAUAUAUGCUUAUACGUGAUGCCGUUACACCAAUGUGAUGUAUUUGACUCUGGCUACUUUCAACGUAGAACCUUGCACAGAUGUGCAUUAGUUUGAGUUGCC